AUGACAAGUCUUCCACAAAAUAACUUGAAAGAGCAGCUGGCAAGACACAGCAAUGCUGCACAAAGCAAGCUGUCUCUCGCUAAACCAAAGGCGGGGGCUUUUUCUUUUAAAAAGAAGACCUCGUCAGGUACCACCAAAGUUGAAAUCCCAACCAAGGUAAUCAGCACUAAUCCUCUGGCAAACAGGAAUGUCAAUGUCCCUAACAGUUUGGUGACUAAAUCUACUUUGGCAUUUCCUAACAAGCUUGACGGAUCUCAAACAUCCAAAAUCAACAACUUCUUCCCUGCAAACUCCAAAGCCAAGUCAGACUCCAUCAUCACCGGACUCCGUGCACCUGCAAGCCAGGCUCCUUCAAUAGUGUCCACUAUUACUAAAUCUAAAAACCAGUUAAUUAGUGGCACACGAGGCAAUACCUCUUGUGGAGAUGCAUCUCUUGGAUUUGGAAUAGAGGACUGGGAUGAUUUUGAUGACUUUGAAACUCCAAACAAAGCAAAACAUGAUUCAUUCAGCCCAGGAACAUCAGGAAAGAGCAAUACUCCAUUGCCAUUUCUUAGUGAAGAAAAAAACAAAUUCACAGUGGAUCUGGACAGUUGUGCAGAGAAGAAUGGCCUUUCCAGAAGGGAAAAAUCUGGUUUGGAAACGGAUGACCUUAAGCACAGUGUCGACAAAGCUUCACUUUCACCAGGACCUACUUUGAAUAAGGACCCAGAUGAGUUUGAACCUGAGGAUUCUCCCAUUAAAAUGACCCGGAGACAUCUUCCUGCUCCUCUCACGUCUGUCUUCAGUGAUAGUGAAGAGGACAGUGAUGCUGUGACAGAGCCUUCUAAAGUUACAGACGAGAAGAAAAACUUGAUUGACCCGAUGGUAAUAGAGCUUAUUGACAACUCGGAAUCAGAAGAUGAACUUGAUUACAUUCCCCCAUCUCCGAUCCCGGAUGACAAUUCUUUCUCUUCUUUCCCACCUGAGACAAGGUCUAAAUCAGCUGAUGUGCAAAGCAGAGACAGUCUUGUGCACUUGAAAAGACCCUUGACAAUCCUUAAUAAACCCACUGAUCAACAAUCAAAAGACAAAACAAAUGAUCAACUCUUCAGUAUCAUGGAGUCCAUCUGUGCUUUGGUUGAUUCAAUCCCUGAACAUGAACUUAUAGGUCUCGCUUGUGGAAGUGAGCUUCUGUUGAAACGGGCUCAAAGGAAGAGGAUUCUUGCAAUUGGCGGGGACAGUUUUUUAAGGAUGCAGCAGCACAGCACUGUGAUUUCUGAACCCAACUUUAAAGACAAAUAUUUUAGACUUGAAACUUGUAAUGCUAUGUCCUCCAGCAGUUUUGCACCUGUGGAUUCCAAGAAGCCUCCUCAGAUCAGGAGGUCUUCAUUAAUGUCUGUGGACUACGACUCUGAUAAUUCUGUCAGUAUUAUCGGUGUAAAACCUGUAAAGAGUGCUGACAGCAGGGUAAUGUAUGUCGACAAUGAGAGUAUCUGUGACUCUCCGUCAAUCCACAGCUUCACAAAUCCGUAUUUUAAUCUCGCUGAGAAAACGGGAACAGAUUUGGACGGUUCAGAUCUCUUUUUCUCACCCAAGAAGCCAGACACUGUCAUUCAGAGCAAACGUAGUGCCCCAGCAACCAUUACAGCAGCAGAAGACCUCGAGCCAGAUGACUUUUACAAUGAUGACUUUGACAUAGACGAUUUUAAUGACUCAGAUAUCCCUGAAUAUUUUGAAAAACACGAAACCUUGACCUCAACCAUAAAAGAGGGGGGACCAAGCAAGUCUUCCUUUGAGAGUAAAUCUACAACACCUAAAUCUGCACCCAAGCCUUCAAAGAUGUGCUCCCCGGAGCCAACCUACAGAAAUCCGGCUCACGAUCGCUUCAGAGGUUUUAACUUCCCCUACUCACAAGAAAUGAUGAAGAUCUUUCACAAGCGUUUUGGUCUUCAUCAAUUCAGGUUCAAUCAACUAGAAGCAAUUAAUGCAUCACUUCAGGGAGAAGACACGUUUGUGCUGAUGCCCACAGGUGGUGGAAAGAGUCUGUGCUACCAGCUGCCUGCCUGCCUGUCACAGGGAGUCACUGUGGUCAUCUCCCCACUCAAAUCACUCAUAGUAGACCAGGUCCAGAAACUCACAACACUGGAUAUCCCAGCAAUAAGUCUGUCUGGUGGUAAAAGUGACAGUGAAGCAAGCAGGAUCUACUUGCAGCUCUCCAGGAAAGACCCAAUCAUUAAACUGCUCUAUGUCACUCCUGAAAAGGUAAGUGCAAGUAACAAGCUGAUCUCGGCCCUGCAGAAUCUCUUCGAGCGAGGCCUACUAGCCCGGUUUGUCAUCGAUGAGGCCCAUUGUGUCAGUCAGUGGGGCCAUGAUUUCCGACCGGAUUACAAGAGGUUGCACGAACUGCGUCAGAAGUUCCCCAGCGUGCCCAUGAUGGCUCUGACAGCCACCGCCACCCCUCGAGUUCAGAAAGACAUCCUCAACCAGCUGAACAUGACCCGACCGCAGGUGUUCACCAUGAGUUUCAACAGAACAAACCUGAAGUACUCCGUGCUGCCCAAGAAACCAAAGAAGGUUGACGAGGACUGCAUCGCUUGGAUCAAGAAACACUAUCCACGCGACUCCGGCAUUGUGUACUGCCUCUCCCGUAAGGACUGUGAUGCUAUGGCCGAGAGUCUGCAGCGAGCUCGGAUAUUAGCUUUGUCGUAUCACGCAGGCCUGAGCGACGGUGACAGAGAGUACGUGCAGAGCAAGUGGAUCAAUCAGGACGGCUGCCAGGUCAUCUGCGCCACCAUAGCGUUCGGCAUGGGCAUUGAUAAGCCUGAUGUGCGCUAUGUGAUCCAUGCUAGUCUGCCUAAGUCAGUGGAGGGUUACUAUCAGGAGUCUGGACGAGCUGGCAGAGAUGGAGAGAUCUCUCACUGUAUUCUCUUCUACUCAUACGCAGACGUCCAUCGCAUCAAGAGGAUUAUCAGCUUGGACAGAGAGGGUGACCGACACGCCAAGUCAACCCAUUUUGACAACCUCCACAGCAUGGUGCACUUCUGUGAGAACUUGAUGGAGUGCAGAAGAAUUCAGCUGCUCGCCUACUUUGGGGAGCUGAAAUUUAACAAAAGCUUCUGUAAGGAGCACCCGGACGUCACGUGUGACAACUGCUGCAAACCCACCCAAUACAAGCUGAGAAAUGUGACCGAGGACGUGAAGAAGAUUGCAAGGUUUGUCCAGGACAACUGUGAGAAAGUUGGAUCGAGGUUCGGCAAGACGGCUCAGAAAAACCGACUGACCCUGAAUAUGUUGGUGGAUAUCUUCAUAGGAUCUAAAUCUGCUAAGGUACAGACUGGAAUGUUUGGGAUGGGAGGAGCUUACUCCAGGCAUAACGCUGACCGUCUCUUCAAAAAACUGGUUCUGGACAAAAUCCUGGAGGAGGAUCUCUACAUCACCAAUGGUGGCCAAGCUGUUUCUUAUAUCUCUGCUGGACCAAAAGCCAUGAAUGCCAUUUCUGGAAACAUGCAGGUGGAGUUCUAUGAGACAGAGAGUGCAUCCAGCAUCAGGAAACAUAAAGCCUCUGUUGCCCAGAACGUGUCACAGAGAGAUGAGAAGGUUCAGGAGUGUCUGAAAGAGCUGACGGAUCUGUGCAAGCAGCUGGGCAAAGCUUUUAGCAUCCACUAUUACAACAUCUUCUCCACUGCGACUGUAAAAAAGAUAGCCGAGAAGCUUUCUUCUGAUCCUGAAGUCCUCCUAACUAUUGACGGUGUGACAGAAGACAAACUUGAAAAGUAUGGAGCUGAAGUCAUUCUCCUACAGAAAUAUGCGGAGUGGCAGCUGCCUGCAGAGGAACAGGCGGACAAUGGCGCAGACGGGUGGAUAGACACAACACGGGGCCGCGCUGCUAUAGAUUAUGAUGAUGACGACGACACAGAGUCCUCCAGCUACUUCCAUAAUAAAGCCCAACAGGGACAAAAGAGGAAGAAAGCCCCUUUCUUCAAUUAUUCAAAGAAGAAAAAAUCAUAUGGCAACACGAGUACUAACUCUAAAGGUCGUGGCUACAGCAGCAAUAAAUCCUGGUCAUCAUCCAGCACCAGAGGUGGAUCAAAAGCUGCAGGCCGGGGCUCCAGGAGCUCAGUGGGAGAUGCAUCAGCAUCAACAGGCAGGAGGCCGGGCUUCCUGUCUCUCCCGACCCCUCAGUCCAACCAGAGACCCUUCUUGAAACCAAGCUUCUCACACGUGGGCUAGAAACAGCCUCUGAGUAAUGACUUCUAAAGAUAGAAAACUACUUUUAAACUAUAAUUUCACACCUUUUAAUUGUAAGUAUUUAGAUUUUACAUCCCAGCUGUUUAUUGGUACUGUUCAAUAUGUAAAUUAAUGUUCUGUACAGUGAGUGUAUUUUGUAUUUGUCAAAACUGUUGUAAUAUGAUUUUGUACACACUUUUUUUUGUAUUAAAGACAAAUGAUAUUUA